AUGGCCGAGCCAAAGAACGGCAAUGAAUGCGCCCAUCUCGAACAAGUCGCCAGUCCUCCGCCGCCGCCCAAAUUUAUCGUCUUGCAGGGUGGCGGCGACACGGCGUUGGCUCUCUUUUCCGACCCUAGCCAGCCCUACGAGCCGUUGAGCACGCAAGAAGCGAAGAAGUUGGAUCGGAAGAUCGACUGGGUGAUUCUGCCCUAUAUUAGUGUCGCCUAUGCGUUUUUCUACAUCGACAAGACGACCCUGUCCUAUGCAGCCAUCUUCGGCAUCCAGGAAGACUUGAAUCUUCAAGGCACCCAAUAUAGCUGGCUCUCGUCCGUCUUCUAUUUCGGUUUCUUGGUCUGGGCAAUCCCAACCAACCUAGCCCUGCAGCGAUUCCCUGUGGCUCGAUAUCUGGGAGCCAAUAUCUUUGCCUGGGGAGCUCUGUUGAUGGCACAAGCGGCGGCGCGCAAUUUCAUCCAGUUAGCUGUCCUGCGUGCCCUGAGUGGUGCAGCCGAGGCGUGUGCGGAUCCGGCGUUCCUUCUUGUCACGAGCAUGUGGUAUACGCGCAAAGAGCAACCGCUAAAGAUUGGGUUAUGGUACACAGCCAAUGGCUUUGGGGUGGCUCUAGGAGGCUUGCUGGGCUAUGGCAUCGGACAGAUCAAGGGAGCCUUGCCGAGUUGGAAGUACGAGUUCUUGAUCAUCGGGGCGCUGUGCUGUGUUUGGGGGAUCGUCAUCUACGUCUUUCUUCCUGACUCCCCGGUCUCGGCGAAGGGGUUCUCGCUGGCGGAGAAGAGGACGGUCGUGGAACGACUUCGGGAGGAUCAGACGGGUGUGGAGAAUAAGAAUUUUAAAGGGUACCAGGUCCUGGAGGCGUUUCUGGACUACAAGCUCUAUCUGCAGUUUUUGAUCUCGCUGAUGCAGGCGCUCGUCAAUGGUGGAAUUUCAAACUUUGGGACGAUCAUUAUCAAGGGUUUCGGAUUUUCGACGCUGGGCACGACGCUCAUGCAGAUCCCGUACGGAGCCAUUAUCGCCAUCUCCGUUCUCCUCUGUAUAUACCUCAACCGGAUCCUUCCCCCGAACAACCGAUGUCUGCUUCUCAUUGCCUUCCUCCUGCCCAACGUCGCUGGAGCGUUUGGCCUCCGCUAUGUUCCGCAAGAUAAUCGCGCCGGCCGACUAAUCUGCUAUUACUUGACGGCGCCCAUCAACGCGUCCUUUGUCCUUCUUCUUUCCCUGCAGACGGCGAACACAGCAGGCCAUACCAAGAAAGUCAUCAACAGUGCCUGUCUGUUUUUGGGCUACUGCGUUGGAAACAUCGCCGGUCCGUUCUUCUACAAGUCCGAGCAAUCUCCGACCUACAUUCUGGGGAUCUGGAGCAUGAUUGUCUCACAUCUGCUGGAGAUCGUAGUUGUAUUUUUGCUGCGGUUCUUGCUAGCAAGCGAGAACAAGAGACGAGACAAACUGCAGGGAAUUGAUGGUGCCAAUGGCCUUGAGAGAGAGCUUCACGAGCAAGAAGUGGACGCGUCGGCAUUCGGCGAUUUGACGGACAGGGAGAACCUGAACUUUAGAUACAUUUACUAA